AUCACUUUCAGUAUUAGAUCUAUAACUAAAAAUAAACAACUUAGGCCUUAUUAUAAUUAGUGUGUAUAGUUCUAGCCAAUGGCUGUCAUGACAGCAAGUGGAGGAGUUCUUAUCUUACUCUGCAUCUACGGCACCAAUAUUGUGUUCUCUGCACACACAGAGGUAGGAGUGGCUCCUAGUUUCAACAGUGAGCAAGAAGAUGUGGUUGUCUUUGCAACCAAUGAAGAUGGAUCUAAUUCAGAUCUUAGCUUACAAUGCGAUGUUACCGGGAACCCUACACCUACCGUGACUUGGUACAGGGGAGAUGACGUGGUUGACGCUGACUUUAUGCUUUCUAAUGGUAACUUCUUGUUUCAAAAUAUCACUGAGGGAGAAUAUGCUUCCACGGCUGGAGUUAUCUAUCACUGUGAGGCUACUAACAUCAUUGGAGAGCCUGGCUUCAAUGCAACCAUCCGCAGUAGAGACAUCACUGUCCACUAUGCAUUUUUCGGUGGCUUUAUGCCAGCUGAGACAGUGCGUACCUUUAUACCAACUGCACCUGAUAUUUCUGGAACUGGUAUUGACAUUGCUCUUGAGUGCAGGGUUGAGGACUCGCAGCCACCUCCAGACAUCGUGUGGUAUCAAGACGGUACACGUUUAGUUGAGAACCGGGUCACUAAUGCCAUAAGGUUUCUGGAGGGUGGAAGAUGGGCCUACAUUCGAGAUAUUGAAACUUUCCCACACGAUUAUCACUGUGAAGUAAGCAAUGCUCGACUUCACGAAUCAGUGAGAAGCAAUCAGACAUAUUUUGUCAACAGUACUGGACUAGUAAAUGGAAUGGAUUUUGUGUACAAGGAGAUAGGAGAUCUCACAGCUUUUUCUACAGAGGGAGAGGACGAGGACUUUGAGUUCAGCUAUGUUUCUGCACAAGGGACACGAAAUCGUCUUUGCUUUUUUUUUUUUGAUGAGAAUUCAGCUUCUUCCUCACUAGCGUUGGGUACGAUUCCUAACUUACCCCCUCCUCCAGCUGUAGUCACUCUGCAAUGCAGAUCUGACGCAUUCACUGUCGUUAGUAGUGGAACAGUCACUGUGCAACGAAAAGCCAUGAUAACAAUGGAUCCCUCGGAUGCACGUGAAGUGAUUGUAGGAUCAAGCCCUGCUAUGCCUACCUCCUUCUCCUGUGCCAACACUGGCUACCCUGUAACCUCAACAGUGUGGUACUUCAAUGGAGAUGUAAUUGACUCUUCAUUCGUUGGAAUUGUCUUUGACGACACUAUGCUGACUAUUGCAAACCCUCAAGUCAGUCACUCUGGAGUAUACCAGUGCUUUGUCAGCAAUACAGUGUCUGAAGACAAUGCUGCCUGGUUGUUGGAGGUCAGAGCUCCAGCUGCACCCAUUGCCCUGGCUUUCAAUGAGACUGCCAUUGCUGAAGCAGUGAGAGACAGACAAGUUGGUACUCUCUUUAUGGGUGGUUUUGGGACCACGGUGACAGUAUCUGUGUCUGUGGAGGCUGACCCAUGCCCGAGUGUACAGUGGUCCUUCAAGGACUCAAACAUUGCUAGCGGAGACCAGUACACUAUCACCAACCCUUGCAGUGAUGUUAAUGCUGCAUCUCCCUUCAGGUUUAUGUUGACCGUGACUAAUCUGACCAUCGAAACAUCAGGAAAUUAUUCUGCUACCUUUACCAAUCUUGCUGGAAGCGGGGUUCUUCCAGACCUGUACAUUACUAUACCAGUUCCCACUAGUGAUCCAAUUUCUUCAUUGAGCUUGUCAGUUAUUGAUAACCCUGCUGCCAUGUGUCUACUCAACGCCAGCAAUGUCACCAUGACUUGCGAAACCAACGGCUUCCCACGGCCUGAAGUAAGAUUUCUAAUGGGGCGCAACGUCAUCACUCCAGGAGAGGGGAACUUCCAAAGAGUCUCACAAACCUUUGCUGACCAGAUACAACUGUCUGAUAUUGUAAUAGAAAAUGAUGCAGUGUACAGAUGCGAACUUUUAAGUGAUUCUGCUGUAUUUGCCCAAGAGACAUUUGUAUUUUGCACCGAGCCGUUUCUCACAAACUUUAGUUCAUCGACAAACACAAUAGAAGGCGCUGAACUGGAGGUGGAGUGUGAGAUUAUGGGCAUUCCCCCACCGACAAUUACAUGGCUUAAAGAUCGCAAUAUGCUCUCUUCAGGAACUGGUAUCGAUAUUUUCACGCCUUCUGAUGCACCGUUUAAGUCUCAAGUAACUAUCGACAGUGCUACAUCAGCCAAUGCUGGCACGUACACAUGUGUGGGGACGAAUGAAGCCGGAACCGUUACCAGGGACAUCAGUGUGGAGGUCAAUGCAGGCCCAACAGAUUCAUUGAGUAUGGAGUCUAUUAUUGGACUGGCUAUUGGGAUUCCCGCUAUCAUCCUCCUCAUAACUCUGGUUGUAAUAUUGUUCAGUUUACUGCUCGUGAAGUCAAGAAGGAAGAAAGGCGCCUACACUACAGACCCUGUCAUCUAUGACACUAUAGAAGACAGCAGCUCCCCAGAUCCUGUUGUGAUAUCUGUAAAUGCAGCGUAUGGUCUAGCUGAAGAGAACACAUCAGGUGGCAAUGCAGAAUAUGAAACCAUAGAAGGUGACUCCACUCCGGACCCUGUACUGACUUCUGACAAUCCAGCUUACGGUUUAGCAGAGCCGAGAAGAUAAUAAUGGAUCUCAGUGUAAGACUAGUUGUAUUUAAUGGCUGUAAGUAUAUAUAGUAUACAUGUACCUCGUAUAAUUUUAUAGUUCCAAUGACAUUGUUUCUUAAUUGUCAGAAUCAUAAAAACUUUAUUGAUUGAUGUAACUCGAUACUUCCACUGAUCUAUAGUUAUGACUCGAGUACAUUGGUUCUGAGGGUGGUGCUCUGUUACUAGUAUAGCAUGAGCGUACAAGUGUUCCCUGUCCAUCAGGUGGUGGUUCGUUAGAGGGGGCGAGGAUAAUCUACUAACCCUAGUAACCCUGGUAACCCCUCACCCACCCCCUUUAGUGACCACCUGCUCCUGUCUACUGAGUGUACUGCUCACUGUGUGUCUGGCACUGGUGCUCAGAUUAUAGAGUCAGAAUUAACACAUCUCAAGUUUUUUCAUUUCUAGUUUCUAUAGGACUGGUGUGUGUGUAGUUACAUUUCUAUCUCUGUGAUCCCUGGUUUGUGUGUGGGUGUUGAUUCAAUGCAGUGUGUGGGGUGGUCAGGUCAUAGAUCUAUGGUCAGAUAGUAGUUGGGCGUGGCCCGACCGUCCGAUAGCUGACUGAAGUCAUUGGAGUCUACAAAAGUCAUGACAUAUCUUAGUCAAGUCUGAUUGCAGUCCUGCAAGUCUGUGCAUUCCAUAAAGCAUUGUAUGUAGUUAUAGAUGUGUACAUACACUAGAUAUUGGCUGUGUUUUUUCAGAUAGAUCUCUGUUGCAUGUUGUUGUUUUAAUCACUUUCAGUAUUAGAUCUAUAACUAAAAAUAAACAACUUAGGCCUUAUUAUAAUUAGUGUGUAUAGUUCUAGCCAAUGGCUGUCAUGACAGCAAGUGGAGGAGUUCUUAUCUUACUCUGCAUCUACAGCACCAAUAUCGUGUUCUCUGCACACACAGGGAAAGGCCACAUCAAGAAAGUGGCUGAACAGAUAGUUUAUUUAGCCUUUUCUCUCUUUGUAUCUCUCAUUUCAUAAUCCAUAAACAUUUUAAUGAAUGAAUAUUUUCAUUUUAAAAA